AAAUUCCACCUCUCUUCGUUAAUUUCUGUGUCUUCCAUCUACUGCCAUCUUCUCGAUCAAUGCAGAGACAUGUCGUCCUUGGCGUCGUGCUGCGCGGCCUCGACCUGCGGUUUGUGCUCCUCGGUGGCAUCUGGGAUCUCCAGGAAAUCGGCUAGGCUCGCCUACUAUGGCCUCUUCGGCCUCUCUCUUAUUGUCUCUUGGAUUCUUAGAGAAGUCGCUGCUCCUCUCCUGGAGAAACUCCCAUGGAUAAACACAUCUUCUCACAAAAAUGAAUGGUUCCAAGAACAAGCAGUCCUUCGUGUAAGCUUGGGAUAUUUCUUGUUUUUUGCAAUCCUUGCGCUUAUAAUGAUUGGUGUUAAGGACCAAAAUGACCAACGUGAUUCAUGGCAUCAUGGUGGAUGGAUUGCAAAGAUGGUCAUCUGGCUUUUGCUUGUCGUCCUUAUGUUCUUCCUUCCAAAUGUUGUCGUCUCAAUUUAUGGAACUCUCUCAAAAUUUGGGGUGGGGUUAUUUUUAUUGGUUCAAGUGAUCAUAUUACUAGAUUUUACUCAUUCAUGGAAUGAUGCAUGGGUUGAAAAAGAUGAACAGAAAUGGUAUAUCGCUUUACUUGUUGUAUCAGUUGUUUGCUACCUUGUGGCAUAUGCGUUCUCUGGAGUUCUGUUCAUAUGGUUCAAUCCUUCCGGUCAGGACUGUGGCCUCAAUGUCUUCUUUAUUGUUAUGACAAUGGUUCUUGCAUUCGCUUUUGCAGUUAUAGCAUUGCACCCAGUGGUGAAUGGCAGCCUCUUUUGCCUGCUUCCGUGACAUCAGUCUACUGUGCUUAUGUGUGCUACACAGAUCUCUCCACUGAACCACGGGACUAUGCAUGCAAUGGUCUUCACAACAAAUCCAAUCUUAUUCUUGGGAUGCUCACAACAGUUCUGUCAGUUCUCUAUUGAGCUCUUCGUGCUGGAUCAUCAACUACGUUUUUAUCUCCACCAUCUUCCCCAAAAGCAGAGGGAAAUAAGAAACCACUUCUUGGAAAAGAAAAGGAAGAUGUUGAAGAAGGGAAGGAAGCAGAAGCCCGGCCAGUUAGUUAUUCUUAUUCAUUCUUCCACCUGAUCUUUGCCUUGGCAAGCAUGUACUCUUCGAUGCUUCUUACUGGAUGGACUAGCUCAUCUGAAAGCACAGACCUCAUAGACGUUGGCUGGACAUCAGUUUGGGUCCGCAUCUGCACCCAGUGGGUCGCUGCUGCACUCUAUAUUUGGACCCUUGUGGCUCCUUUGAUUUUCCCUGACCGUGAGUUCUUCUAGAUUUCAUGUCAAUGGUAACAAUUUCAAUAUCUAAAUAGUUGGUGCAAUGGUGUCUCUUCCCCUGUUUUUCUCCCCAAACGCACCCUCAUUGUAUGGCCUAAACAUAGACUCUGCAUAGUGCAUGCUUGUAAAAUCUCCAUUCCAACAGUGCUUGUACAUCACCAUCCCAUGUUGUGAGUUCAAACAAGAUAUAUUGAAUUCUAUCCAUUUCAAAAUGGGGUCAUCCUGUCACCACCACUUGGCCGCAAUCAAACCUGAAAAACAUGAUAGUACUACGUAUAAAUGGAGUGAUCCUGCAUUAAACUCUUGAAUUAGUG